AUGGCUCUUAGCAGAUUUGCAAGUGUUCGCGGAUGCCCAGAGAAGGUAUACAGUGACCCUGGCUCGCAGCUGGUCGGCGCUAGUAGGGAACUUCAGGAAGCUUGGCAGAAGAUAGAUUGCCAGAAACUGCAUAAGAAAGGAGCCGAGAACGGUCUAACAUGGACUUUUGGACCAGCUGAUAGUCCGUGGCAUCAAGGAGCUGUAGAAUCGCUUGUCAAGUUAGCUAAGCGUGCUAUACACUUUGCAAUCGCCAACCAACGUCUUUCUGCUCCUGAGUUUCUAACAGUAUGUUACGAAGUGUCCAAUUUACUGAAUGAACGUCCCAUUGGUGUCCUACCAUGUACAGAUUCUGCAAUUAACGUCCUAACGCCUAACAGUUUGCUGCUUGGAAGAGCAAGAGCCAUCAACCCGUUGCGAUGGCAACCRCAAGACUCAAAAAUUGUAACCCGUUAUCAUCUGGUGCAAGCAGUUACAGAUGACUUUUGGAAGCGAUGGACCGAGUUGUACGCGCCCAGUUUAGUUGUACGUCGAAAGUGGCACACUUCUAACAGGAAUCUGCUUCCAAAUGAUGUUGUAAUUGUAGCAGAUAAGAACACGUUCCGAGGAGAAUACCGAUUGGGACUUGUAAAAGAAGUGUUUCCAAGCAAGGAUGCCAAGGUUCGUCGAGUCACAGUUACGUACAAGAACUACCAAGUGGAAGAAGAUGUUCGCGAGUACAAGGGAGCGAAAGAUGUCACUGUUUCCAGAGCAGUUCAGAGGCUUGCUCUUCUGGUGCCCGUAGACUAUGAUCCAGCACAAGCGGUAACGGAUUUCAAAACAGAAGUACAAGGAAAUUGA